GGGGUGUAGCAGCGCGGCGAAGAGGAGGCUGUGUUUGGAUUAGGGGGUUGGGCUGCCUGCUGGUAGGAAAUCUGCCGCCAGACAUCCAGCUUGUCUCCGGCGGUGCAGCGUUGCUUUCCCGCAUCCUCAGCAGCAGCGACACCGCAGAGCAGCCUCCAGCCUCACCUGCUCCUCAUCCGUGCUCCCCUCCGCCUCUGUCAGACACAAACACUGCCGCAGCACACAGGAGACGGACACACAAGGACGGUCAGCUGAGCAGUCUUCAGGGAAAUAAAGGGAAUAUAUAUAAGGGCGGUGAAAGAUGGUGAAACUGGGGAGUAAUCUUCAAGACAAAGGGGCCAAACCUGUGAGCGUGGAGGACGGCUUUCAGAAUGUGCCUCUCAUCACUCCACUGGAUGUCGGCAGUCUCCAGAGCCAAGCACCUGACAAGGUGGUGGUAAAAACUCGCACGGAGUACCAGACAGAGAAGAAGAGGCUGAAGGUUCCCAAGGUGGAGGAGUUCAACAUCAGCUUUACUGACGGGGUGUCUGAGAGACUUAAGGUGACUAUUCUGAUCAUCCUGGCCCUGGCCUUCCUCGCCUGUAUCGUGUUCUUGGUGGUUUAUAAGGCCUUCACCUAUGACCACGCCUGCCCAGAUGGAUUCAUUUACAAGCACAAGCGGUGUAUCCCAGCCUCUUUGGAGGCCUACUACGCUGCUCAGGAUGCCAACUCAAGGGGCCGUUUCUACACAGUGAUCAGCCACUACAGCAUGGCCAAGCAGACCACCUCGCACUCUGUCUCCCCCUGGCUGCCUGGAGGGGCGGCGGGGCAGCAGCACGACGCUAAACCUCCGAGCGACGAGGGCCACUGAGUUAGCUGAACGGUUAAAGGUUGUUGUAAACACAUGCAGACAUGAAGAAAUACAGACACAGGCAGAUAUAGAUGCAUCCACACACAAACAUGUAGGUGAAUAUUUAAAGAUAUAGACAAAAGAGACACAUAUUUCCACAUCAGCUACAUAUAUAAAGCCAAUAUAGAGUGAAAACAUGCAUGCAGACAUAAGAACACACAAGCACAUGCUAGGUCAUGUUCUGAUUUACCUUGACUGUCCAUUUAUGUGCUCAUUCUCUUAUCGAGCAGCAUUUCCCAUUGAACCUUUGCUCUCUUGGGAUCAUCAUCUGCUGAUACACACACACGUAUACACACACACACACACGGUCUGCUCUCUUGUUACCAUGUCUUUAGUCCUUUCCUCUAAUUUAUUAUUUAUUGAUUGUGUUGAUAUAUUUAUUUUUUACUGUAAAGUAUGAAUGAUUUGUAUGUGAUUAUCUUUGUACAAAGGCACGAGUCAAUGCUGAAUUUCAUGCUUCCUCUUUCUGAAUUUGGGAAUCUUUGUGUAGUUUAUGUAUAUUCAUUCACAGCCACUUUUCUUUCUUGUCCUAACAGCGUAUCCCCAAGCACGUCCGACACACACAACACAAAAACACGCACACACACGUCCGACACACACGACACAAAAACAUGCACACACACACACACGCCACACACGCGCACACACACACACACAUAUAUACAUUGCCGUAUACUGUGUGAUUACUCAAGUGUAUUUUACUGAUUUCCUGAACAGGUAGAGAGACAGAGAGAAUAAGCUUAGUGGAGUACACACACACACACCUUCAUAUUCCAACCCGAAAAUUGUUAGUAUAGUCUUAUAUUGCUGUAACACAUUUUUAAACACAAAAUUUCAGCCGUACUGUCUGAGGAAAGUUUGACGCCAGUGUCCACGCCAAUGUCCACAUCCGCAACAUGUCUUUAGUGGAUUGAAUGAAUUUUCCCAUCGUGGCUGUUUGAUAGCUCAUAUACAGUGAUAUUUCAGUGUGCUGUGCUAUACAUUUUAAAUCCAGAAAUCCCCUAGUCACCCAAGCUGUACAUACAACUGUGCGGUCAAGCUAGUUUUUUGUGUGUAUACAUUGUAGAAGCUUAUUAUUGGGAGUUUUUUCUUUUAGAUUUUUACAGACUUACUUACCUAUUGCUUCAGUCUUGUACAUGUACUGUAGCUCCAUUCAACACAAUGUUACAGAUGGGAAAGGAAAUACUGUGCAUAUCAACAUCUCUUGCCGAAACUCUUGCUGUUAUUUUCUGCAGUGUUUUGUUAUGUUUAUCGAUGGGCUUCAACUGCAGCCGAGUUUUGUUCCUGUAAUGUUAUUUUUCAUUUUGUAACGUUGGAUCUGUUGUCAGGAGUGCUUUUAUGAGAUAUUGUGAUGUUGUUAGUUGAUAUGUAGCGAUACCUGGUGUAAUUUAUCAGUGUGCAUCCUUGUCACUCUUAACUUGGUUUGAAUUCAAAAUAAAACAAGCUGUGACCUGUG